UGCGACGCCAGGAACAAGCGUCUCGGCUUUCAAUUCUUCCUGAUUGCGUCCGUAAACUUCAGAUUUUUGUUCAGCUGAUCUGCUCACUAACAUUCGUUAUAGUUUACGAACGCAUACCUACAGUCAGUGUGUGCCGUGAUUGUGUCGUAGUCCUAACUUAACCUCAAAUACUGGCUCUAACCUGUUUUAUGAUUCAUUAUUCAUAAAUUGUUUAAUUAUUACUAUUAUCGACUGAAAUGAACAGAAAUAAUCAUCACGAUUCAAAAUCGAGUGACAGAUCACGAAAAAGGUCUGUAGAAAGAUUCAGGCGAAAUGAAUACACUAGUGAUGGGGAACGUAGUUCGAGAAAGGCAUCGAAAUCCAGGCAUAAAUCUGUGAAAAAAGACGAUGCUUCAAAAAAGAAAUCGAAAAAAAAGAAACGGUCCGAGUCUCCUAAGCGAAAAAAGUCGGCGAAACACAAAAAUCGCAAGAGAACACCAUCCUCGUCGUCGAGCGACUCGUCAGAUGCGUCAACCUCUUCGGCAGACUCAACAAAGCUGUUGGAAAAACUACAAAAGCAACGACAAAAGCAGGAUGAGGAGCGGAGAAAUCAGAAGGAAAUGUUGAAAGCAACAGAGACUCCAGAAGAAAAGAGACUACGUCGUUUAAGGAAAAAAGAAGCAAAAGAGCGCAAGAGAAAAGAGCGGAUGGGGUGGGACAACGAUUACCUUCACUAUACGAAUACCGAUAAUCCGUUUGGAGAUGGGAACUUAUUAUCCACGUUCGUGUGGUCCAAGAAACUCGAAAAAGAAGGCUUAAUUGGGGUCAGCAGAGAAGAACUGGAGACCCGAAACCGACACAAGCAGGAGGAGAACAAACGGGAGUUGGAGAAAGUAAAGAAGAGGAGACAAGAAAGGGAGCUGGAGAGGCAGCAACGUGAAGAAGAAAUGGCUCUGCUUCAGAGAGGAAAAGAGGCUGCGCAACUAGAACAGUGGGCCAGGCAAGAGGACCAGUUUCACUUAGAGCAAGCAAGACUCAGGUCUAGAAUUAGAAUUCAAGACGGUCGGGCUAAGCCGAUCGAUCUCCUGGCCAAGUACAUUAGCGCCGAAGAGGAAGUCGACGCUGUUGAAAUGCACGAGCCUUACACGUAUCUGAGAGGACUCCAAAUUAAGGACUUGGAAGACCUUAUUGAAGAUAUUAAGGUAUACAAAGAACUGGAAAGAGGGAAAAACCUUGAUUACUGGAACGAUAUAACGGUAAUCGUGGAAGACGAGCUGCACAAACUCAGAAAAAUGGACAGAUCGGAGUACGAAGCUGCUGUCGGCAGAAGAGAAGGCAUUCAUGCAUCGGUUGCUAAGGAUGUGACAGCUGUGUUCAAAGGAAAAACUGCAACGCAACUAGAAGCCUUGCAGCUUCAAAUAGAAUCCAAAAUUAUCGGAAAGCCUGAGGGCGUUGAUAUCGGUUAUUGGGAAAGUCUUCUUUCGCAGCUUAAAGCUCACAUGGCUAGAGCAAGGUUGCGGGAUCGUCAUCAGGAGAAUUUGCGGAAGAAGUUGGAGGUCCUGAAGGCAGAGCAAGGAGUAGUAAAGACCGAAAGUGAAGCUGACGAUUCCGUAGCCCCCAGCGAACAUUCCAUCAAACAGGAUGAGCAGCCUUCGACAAGUGUGACUGCAGCUGCAGAAAAUAGCGAUGAAAGUGAAUCUGAAGCUGAAGCUGAGAACCAAAGUGCUGCUGACGAUAUGCUGUCCGAGUCUUUUAAUGAUUACGAGUCAGGUGGCUACUCUCCAAAGUAUAUGACACAAUCUCAACUAGAACCAGGGACGUUGAUAACUCUGGAGGAAGAAGACAGUCAACGUUUAGAGUAUGCCAGGAGUCAAGUUCUCAACACCGGACGGAAGGUUCAGAACGUAAUUAGUGCGGAAGAGCAGGCGAUGCACAGAGAGGCUCGGAAGAACAUGGGAGCUGACGAGGCCCAGUUCAGCGUUGAAUCUUCCCUCGAAGCGCAAAUCUACCUUUGGUCCGACAAAUACAGACCCAGGAAGCCGAGGUAUUUCAACAGGGUCCACACCGGUUUCGAAUGGAACAAAUACAACCAAACGCACUACGACAUGGACAAUCCGCCACCGAAGAUCGUCCAGGGUUACAAAUUCAAUAUUUUUUAUCCAGAUCUGAUCGACAAGAACACAACGCCGGAAUAUUUCUUGACGCCGUGCACAGACAACAAGGACUUUGCAAAUCUGAGGUUUCACGCUGGGCCACCUUACGAAGACAUAGCUUUCAAGAUAGUGAACAGAGAGUGGGAGUAUUCUUACAAGCGCGGAUUCGCUGCCAAUUUCACAACAACAUAUUCCAGCUGUGGUUCCACUUCAAGAGAUACCGUUACCGAAGAUGAAAAAUUCACAGCAAAAUUUGUAACCACGAAUUCCCGAAACGAGAAACGAUCAUCGCCGUCGACGCAGCGGGAAAAUCUGCGCAAUGCACGUGACUUCUUGAUAAGAGGUCUGAAUGCCGGAUCCACCGCUAAGCUGGAGCCGGCGGAUUUUAACUCCGGUUCUGUAACACGGGGAAAGAAUUCGGAGACCUCGAUCUGCUCGGAGAACGGUAAUCUCGGAUAUUUACCGCACGGGGAAAAAAUGCGGUGGAAGAACCGGAACAAAGAGUCCGAAUUCAUUUCGGAAAAAACCUUCCUCGUGACAAAGGACGACCUUCACGUAUUCGACGGUUACUCCGGAAAUGAGGCGAGCACGCGACCCGCCCCCCGUUCGAAGCUCAAGUCUACCGGAAGCAACGCCAACACCUGGCCACCCAAGCUCAAGAAAAGCUCGUCGACGGGCUCAAGCUCCUCCCUCGAACGGCCCAAGACGGCGAACCUCGACGAGCCGAGCUUUCUGGACCCUCGGCUGAUCGACAAGCUCGAUAUGUCGAUGCUGAGCAAGGAGCUACUCUGCGACUCGAUGACGCACAUUCAGCUUAUGCACGCCGGCGUGGGAGUCGAGCGGCGCAGGCAGAGUCUGAACGUCAAUCCGUCCGGAUCGAGGAGGGAGUACCGAUCGGACAGAUCGAGCGUCGCGACGCCCUCGAACUCCGGGAUAAUAUCGCUGGUCAGACAGAAGCGGAGGAGCUUCGAGCCCCUGACGGACUCCGAGGCUUGCGACGGUCGAGACACGUCGCUGAUCGACGCGAUGAAGAAACGGAGCCAAUUGGCGAACGGCAAACGGAUCAGCGCCGACGACAACAACAAUCGGCGGACUGCCGCCCCCGGAAACAUCGCGCCGAAGAUCCCCGCUCUGCCGAUAUCGAAGCGGAAGUCGUCGAAGACGUCGAUCAAGUCGGACGUCGAGCUUUUUACGGGCCCCACCCGCACGGCCCCGGAACCCUGCAAAACCUGCGGCCGAUCGGAUCAACCCGAACGGUUUCACAGCCACCCGACGAAACCCGCCAUCGCCACGGUCAAGGUUCGCGAUGGUAACGCCAACCACAAGGCCAAGGUCAACGCCGUGCCGAAGAGCGUUCAAAAGCCCGUUGCUCUAAAUUUUCGAAGCGAGAAACGGAAGGGCGAGACGACAAAGAACUCGCGGCAAUCCAGUCAGGAACAGAAAGACUCCCAGGGCAACGUCUCCUUGCCUUUGCAAUCUACAACCGCUGCAGCUCAGCUCUCGCCUAAACGAGGACCGAGAUCCGUUACGUGUUACAUUUGCAGCCGGGAAUUUGGCACCGCUAGCUUUCCCAUUCACGAACCGAAAUGCCUGGAGAAAUGGGAAAGAGAGAACAAUGCCUUACCACCGUGGCAAAGACGUUCCGGACCCCCCAAAAGACCCCAAACUCAACCGGGUCAUCAGGAUUGGAACAAAGUCGCAUGGGAACAGAGCCAGGCUCAGCUGCUUCCCUGUUCCCGUUGCGGACGAACAUUUUUACCAGACCGUUUGCCGGUACACGAGAAGAGCUGCAAAGUGCAAAAGAAGCAGUCUUCGACGCAAAAAGACGAACCUGAGGAACGAAUUCGCCAGGAUCGACAGCCUGCAGGGCCUCAGGGUGGAUCGCUCCCGAGGGAGUCACCGAUGGUAUAUUGUCACAUAUGCGGUCGAAGUUUCGGAACCAGGAGCAUAAAGAUCCACGAACCUCAGUGCCUGAAGCGUUGGCAGGUGGAAAACGAAGGCCGACCUCCACCGCAGCGCAAGAAGGAGAAAACUCCAACUAAUUCUUCAAGCUCAUCCCCGGAUACUCUUAUAUCGCAGAAGAAAACUGUCACGUGUUACAUAUGCGGCAGAGACUUCGGCUCUACCAGUAUCGCCAUCCAUGAACCACAGUGCCUUAGGAAAUGGAACAUAGAAAACGAUAAGCUACCCCCUAGUCAGCGCCGAGAGCAACCAGAAAAACCGGAUAUCGUAUUUACUUCCGAAGGUGAUUGCGAUUUUAUCGCAACAUUUCAUAGGAUAUGGGAAAAUCAUCUUAAUUCGUUGAAGCCUUGUCGAACUUGUGGAAGAACCUUCAGAAAUGACGCUUUGCUCAAACACGAACCGCACUGCAAUGGCUCCUACUAUAAAAAGAGGAUCAGACGUUCUGUAGGAGUAAAAACAAGAAGGAAAUGAAGAAGAGAUGCAUAUUACAUUCACUUCAGUUCACUAAUACGAUUAUAUACUUACAACUAAUAUCAGAAUUUGAAUAUUUAUGCUAGUACAAUAGUACAUAAUACGUUUUAGACAAAUAUAUGUAAUCAUGUUAAUCGAAGACGAUAAACGUUUAUACUAUAUAUAAGAGAGUCGUAAGAAUACAGGAUCCAUUGAGAUCAUCCUGUACGUCGAAGCAAACCAAACAUAGUAAAUAGAGUUAAGAAUAUUGUUGCACAAUAUUACAAAACCUGGUGUGUUGCACGCAGAUCAUGCAGAUUGACGAGUAAAUGCAAUGUAAGCAAAGCCGGAAGAUAGUAACUGCGACGCGACGACGAGUGACGCAUUGAACGUGAGACGAAUAUUUUUGGUUGGGUAGAGUCGGUUGUUGUUUGAAAAAAGAAUAAUAAAACUAGUGAGAAAAAAAACUAA